AACCUUAUGCUGUGUGAUGAUGGAAUGAAUGAAUAAAUGAAUAUUUUUUCUGUCUCUGUUUUUCUAGAUAGCUUACUAUUAAGUAGUAUGGCUUCCCCUCGGCUGGAAACUUUCUGUUGCCCAAACAGAGAUAAGGCCACACAGUUUGUGUUGGACUACCAGCCCAUUUUCUUCAAUGCUGUUUGUCUAAGCAGUGCAACAAUCAGUCUGUUUUUCACCAUCCUGCAAAUACUCCCCAAAAAGAGACUGGGCUACAAAAGGCUGGGACAGUACCCACUUCCAAAACCGGCAUCAUCAUCUAGGAUCCUUCUUAUCAUCACUGUCUGUGACAUCCUGGGCUGUGCAGGAAUAAUCACUCGAUCUUCUGUCUGGCUUGGGUAUACAGAUUUUAGUACCCGAAUUUCGGUUGUAAAUGGAACUGAAGUGUGGCCAACUGCCUUCUGUGUUGCCAGUUCGAUGUGGAUUCAGCUUUUCUAUGGUGCCUCUUUUUGGUGGUUAUUCUGUUACGCUAUCGAUGCUUAUUUGGUGGUCAGACGAUCUGCUGGAUUAAGUACCAUCGUGCUAUACCACAUACUGGCAUGGGGCUUGGCAGUUUUGCUGUGUGUGGAAGGGGUCACCAUGCUCUACUACCCUUCAGUUUUUAGCUGUGAGGAUGGACUGGAGCAUGCAAUUCCCCACUACACCACAACCUACGCACCACUGCUGCUGGUACUGUUUGUAAACCCCAUCUUGUAUGGAAGGACCAUAACAGCUGUUGCUUCAUUGCUGAAGGGAAGACAAGGUGUUUAUUCAGAGAAUGAGAGACGCUUGGGAACAGAGAUUAAAGUCCGUUUUUUUAAAAUGAUGCUGGUGUUCAUUCUUUGCUGGCUUCCAAACAUUGUUAAUGAGUGUCUAUUGUUCUACCUUGAAAUGCAGCCAGACAUCAGGGAAAGUUUCCUAAAGGAUGUCAGAAAAGCAGCUUUGGUCACGUGGUUUAUCAUGGGAAUGCUGAACCCAAUGCAGGGAUUGCUCAAUGCAUUAGCUUUCCACGGUUGGACAGGAUGUGAUUUCGACUUGAGUUUUCAAUCAAAAGAACUAACAUGGGAAUCACCAACAUCUACAACAGUAGAGAAUGAUUUUGCCAAUUCUGCUGGUCCUUCACUCCACUAUAAGGGCUACAUCCAAGAUGCAAAGAAUGAACUGAAUGGGAAUGGCUUCCAGUCGCAUGAGUCCUCAAGCUUGCUGUCUGAAGGUUCUGAAGCUAGCACUGUUGAACUCUACAUAUCAGGUGAUCCACGUGACAUAAAAGACCUUGAGGCUGGUGCCAAAUCACUUGAAAACCCAUGAAAGGCAUUAGCUGGUGAGAUGAAACCAACCCACAUCAUCAUCAUAAUGUACUAUCUCUAACUACCACUUUAAGCAGUGUUGUGUGCAUGCUUCUUAAAUUAUAUACUCCCUACUUUUAACAUGUAUUAUCUCUGUACUAGAUAAACUUAAAGGAUUUAUUUUACAUAAACUGUACAUUGUCACCCUAUCAAUAAAAUCACUGCACAAGCCAGACA